GGUAAUGGAUUCUUUAAAGAGCAGAAGUAUCCAGAGGCAGUGAAGCAUUAUUCAGAAGCAAUUAAAAGAAACCCGAACGACGUGAGGGCAUACAGCAACAGAGCUGCUUGUUACACAAAGCUAGGAGCAUUACCAGAAGGACUCAAAGAUGCUGAAAAAUGCAUUGAGCUAGACCCGAGUUUCACCAAAGGAUACAACAGGAAAGGAGCUAUUCAGUUUUUCAUGAAGGAAUAUGACAAAGCCAUGGAGACAUAUCAAGAAGGUCUGAAACAUGAUGCUAAGAACCAAGAGUUGCUUGAUGGUGUUAAAAGGUGUGUGGAACAGAUAAACAAAGCAAACCGCGGUGAUCUGACACCAGAUGAAUUGAAGGAGAGACAAGCCAAGGCAAUGCAAGAUCCAGAAGUACAGAACAUAUUGUCGGAUCCAGUGAUGAGACAGGUAUUGGUGGAUUUCCAAGAGAAUCCGAAAGCUGCACAGGAACAUAUGAAGAUUCCAAUGGUAAUGAACAAGAUUCAGAAGCUGGUUAGCGCUGGUAUUGUUCAGGUCCGGUAAAUUGGUAAACCGGAGUCGUAUGUUUGGUUUGGGUCAUGCUUUGGUCAGUUCUUGUGUCCUGAUGUUGUAUGGUUACUUUUUAGGAUUUCCAAGAGAAUCUUCUUACCUUGUGUUAAAGGAAAUUUAUUGUUAAAGUUUAUGUUAACUCAUGUGCCCCUUUAAUCUAUAAAGUCAAUUAGACA